CUUUGCCUCUGUUCCCCACUUUCCUUCCCUUUCCGCCCCCGAAACCAAACCAAACCAACCUAACCUUUCCCCCCCCUCCUCCUCCCUCGUCCAAUCUGGACCAAGCCGCGGUCCGUCUUAUCAUUCCGCCUUCUCGGGGCUCUCCUCGCGCCGGUGCACACUCGUUCCUGAGUUGUCCCGGAGUGACGAGACGCCACCUCGCCAUUCUGCCGGACCAUGGCGUUGGAGGUGCAACCACCCAGCGAUCGCAAGCGGGUGAAAGUUUACGAACUCAAAGAUAAUGACUGGUUUGAUCGCGGGACGGGUUUUUGUACAGGGCAGAUCCUCGAUGAUGAACCGCGGAUAUUCGUCGAGUCAGAGGAUGAGCCUAAUCGUGUGCUCCUGGAGACCAAAAUCUCCAAGGAUGACGGCUAUCAGAAACAACAAGAAACGUUAAUAGUAUGGACCGAGCCAAAUGGGACGGACAUGGCGCUGAGUUUCCAGGAAGCGGAAGGGUGCGCUGUGAUCUGGAAUUUCGUGACUAGCGUACAGCAACAUCUAUUGAACCUGGCGCCAGGAGAAGAUGCUCUGUCAGACGAGAUAGAAAGCUACCAGUCGAUCAUGCUGCCUCCACCCGAACUCGGAAACCUGCCCGAAAUCGAUCAUGUUAUGAGGGCCGCUAGCAUUACCCAGGCCGGACGUGAUGCGCUAUCGAAAUUCGUCAUCCGAGAAGAGUACAUCCCCAAGCUUAUCCCGUUAGUCACGAUGGCCGAGGAUCUCGAAAGUCUCUCCGAUCUACAUCGCCUGUGCAAUAUCAUGAAGUCGCUCAUCCUUCUCAACGACAACACCAUCAUCGAGACAGUAGUUACAGAUCCUAUCAUCCUUGGCGUGGUUGGAGCAUUGGAAUACGACCCCGAGUUUCCACACCACAAAGCGAACCACCGGCAAUACCUCGCAGACAAGUCGCGCUACAAGGAAGUUGUACCUAUCAAGGAUGCCUUGAUUCGCCGCAAAAUCAGCUACACAUGGCGCUUGCAGUAUCUCAAGGAUGUGGUCUUGGCUCGCAUUCUAGAUGACCCGACUUUCUCCGUUCUCAAUUCCUUGAUCUUCUUCAAUCAGGUCGAGAUCGUCAACCACAUCCAGGCAAAUGGACCCUUUUUGAAGGAAUUAUUUUCAGUCUUUGACCCAAGAAGCGCGGACACCAAACGCAAGGAGGACGCAGUCCAGUUUCUCCACCAAUGCGCUGUCAUCGCAAAGAAUUUGCAGGCGCCGGCGCGUGCCAAUCUCUUUGCGAACUUUAUCAACCAUGGCCUGUUUGCCGUCAUUGCUUUCGCCAUCAAACACCCCAAACCGGCUCUGCGUACGACUGGAAUCGAUAUCCUAGUGGCACUUCUUGACCACGACCCCGUGAUGAUGCGUGGGUAUAUGCUGAAAGCCGUCAACGAGAAGAAGACUCCCCUGACCGACACGUUGAUUGACUUGCUGCAUACCGAGUCCGACCUGGGGGUCAAGAACCAACUCGCAGAUGCCGUCAAAGUUCUACUGGAUCCCCAAAUUCCUCUGCAAGAUACCAUGGGCCGGGCGGGGCCUGAGAAUUACAACAAACCGCGUCCGAAUAUCCUCUCUGAUGCCUUUGUUCAGAACCAUUUCGAUGAAUCCGCGAGGCGGCUAUUCUGGCCGCUGAAACGACUCGAAAAUGAUGACCACCUUCGAAACUUAAGCUUCCAGGAUGUGGCGCUGUAUUCCCAUCUCGUUGAUAUCUUAACGUUCUUUGUCCGUCAACACCUAUACCGGAGUCGGAAUGUCAUUCAAAACGAAUCCCUUGCCCCUCGAAUCGCUCAAUUACUCACGGUUCCCCACAAGCAUCUUAAGCUGACUGCGUUGAGAUUUUUCCGUGCUUUGACUAGUCUUCAAGACACUUUCUACCAGGCUCUGAUGACCCAUAACAACAUCUUCGGUCUCAUCCUGGACAUUGUUUAUGAGACUAUGCCCCGUGAUAACCUCCUGAACUCGGCCUGUCUCGAACUAUUCGAAGCGAUCCGAUGCGAGAACAUGAAACCGUUUGUUCUCCACGUAGUGGAGAAGUAUGGCGAAAAACUCAGAAACAUCACCUACGUGGACACAUUCCAGAGCUUGAUUCUACGCUACGAGCAAAUGCAGGGCUACGGUGCUGAGCCGGAGUCGACCCUCAUGUCGCAUGAGGAGGCGAUGCCUUCCCGAAGGAUGCAAGCCGGCGGCCAGCGUUGGCAAGGUGUUGGGGAGAUGGAUGCUGCCGAGGAGGAGUAUUUCAACACCUCUGAUGAUGAAGAGUGGCAGCAGGAGAGUAGGCAGACCGCAUCAGAUGCUGCCCGAAUGCAGAAUGGCGCUGCGUCGCCCAUCGUCAAACCGCUCGUCGAUUACCCGGAUGAUGACGAUGAGGACGAUGCGAUGGACACGAAACCAGAACCCAGCGAUGGACAAGCGCCACAGAACCAGGAACAACCGCAGCAAGAUGGCCCGGAACACGAUGCUGCUGCCGGCUCACCCGCAGACUCACCGUCCACUCCGGUCUCGACGCCUCAAACGCCACCCGAACGGUUGUCGGAAAAGCGCCGGCGCGAGGAGGAAGACGAUGAUGAGCUGAUGAAGCUCACAGCUGGGCCUAAACGAAGAAGUUCAACCAGCGCCGGCCCCGGCACUGCCGGAAUGGUGCGGAGGAAGCGAAGUGUGUCGAUUGGCUCGCUCUCCGCCAACGACAAGGGGGCAGCGCUGGGGACCCUCAACAGCAGUGCACCACCGAAGAGAAUCGCGAUCAACCUUAGCUCGGCCACGAUCAAGGCGUCUGACCCAGGCUCGACCGAUUCUGGAGCUGACCAUGCGAGCAACGAGAAAGAAAAUCGAGAUGACAACCACAGCGGUGAUGGUGACUAAUUGGAACCCACCACGUCUUUGUUUGAUGCCUUGAUGGCUCUUGUGAUGAGCAACCGUCUUUUCCAUUUGCUGCAAGCAUCGUUCGCGUUUCGUCAGAGUAACAGGAUCUUUCCUUGCUUGUUUUUACGACAGCCUCCUAGAUACCAGAUGAAGUGAUGUGUUUUUCUUUUUCCCCUAC